AUGAAUAAAUAAACUAAAAUUUAUGCAUAUAAACCUUAAAUCAAUGUUUAUGUGAAUAAUAUACCUGAUUUUAAAGCUCUUAUUGAAGAAAAGUUCAUGAAAAGUCAAAUGAAUAAAAAUUAUGUCUUUCCAAGAAUCAAAGAUGACUUAUCUGAAUACCGUUGUGAAGUAAUCAAAACACUUCCAAUUAGAAGAAGAACAAAUACAGAACCUAAUUAAGAUGAAUUAAAGAAAACAUCUCAACCUAAAUCUGCUGAAAAAGUUGAAACCAAAUAAUUAAUACUUAAAGGAUCAUUAACUGAGAGAAAAAGUGUUAAAAGAACAAUUCCAUAAGCUUAAUUACUUGCUGAUUAAAUUAUCAAAUAAUUUGAAUUAUAUAAAAGAAAUAAAAGAUUGUAAAGUGCAGGAAAAUCCUUGAGUAGAAUAAGAAAUUUAUUGCAAAAAUAAUAUAUGUGA